UUAUUAUUGAAUCAGCUUCAAAACGCCUUGAACGUGAAUAUCCGUAUUCUCGUGUAUCGUCGUCGUCGCAUGCUAUACCUAUCGCUCGGACUGUAUUUCAUUGGUUUUUUUUCUCGUUCAUCUCAUUACGUUGGAUGUUCGUUCGGCUAAAGCAAGGACCUUGUUUUUCACCUGCUUCGAUAAGUGAGUUAGUUUCGCGGAUGUCAAUUAUAUUCGUUUUCUUUUGAUCAAUAAAAUAAAUUUCACAGAAAAGAAAAAAAAAAAAAACGGUUCGGGAUUUUAAUCAACGUCAAAGGAAAAGCUUUGUAAAUAAAAAAAUUUAACAAAAAAAAAAAAGGAGAAAAUACAAAACUUUGGUAUGUCCUUGCAAAAUUUCAAUCAGAAACGUGACUGCGAAAAAAAAAAUAGCAACCAAAUUAUAAGUGAUAAGUUUCCUGUUUUUCCUCAUUUUCUUUAAUUCUUCCUCUUGUUGGUUUUAGUCGUCGUGUUGUUCGUUCCACUAACCCAGAGUUCUGUUACGUUGCGUAACUGUAAUAGCAGUUCACGGAAAACAAAAUACAAACAAAAAAAAACUCCUUCGUGCCAUCGUGAGUCCUUCCGGAUAGAAGGAUAAAGCACAGUAGUUGUGUCUUCCUCAUUCCGUGUAUUAUUUUUUUGUUGUUGUUUUUGUCUGUUAUCCUUUUCAAUAACAAAGCAAAUAGAAGUUCAUUAAGUCAAACUUCCUCUUAACGUUAAGUCUGCACGGGUUAUAUGUUCGUAUAGGAACAAUGACACAGUGAUUACGUAGUAUAAUGGAUGCGAUAAGUGCUUCUUAACAUAGAAUAAUAAUUAUAAUUGUGCAUGUGCAUCUCUAAUCUUGUCCUGGAAUAAAUAUACAACCAACCGGAAGAGAUCCUGUUUUUUUCACACGAGAGAAUAAAUAAACGAAAAACAAAAAAGAAAAACUCCCUUAGAGUACUUGGUAUUGGGACAGAGUCAUCAUCAUCACACAAUCUUCUCUCAUUCUAUGUUCGGUCACCCUGAUGAUGCCAAUGAGUCUAUGUAAACAUAAAGCUCUUGGGUUAAGUUUUUUCAAUUAACGAGAAAGCCGUGUUUUAUGAGCUUAUACACAAAAAAAAAGUGUUAAGAAUUACAAAAAAAAUACAAACAAAACAAACAAAAAAAAAAAAAAAAAAAAAUUGAAAAAUUGUAAACAAGGUUGUUUGAGAGCAUCCUUUGGUUGUUUUGUGCUUAAUGCUGUUUGUUGAAUCCUUUUGUCUAUUUGUGCUAAAAUUUCACCCACAAAACCCAUUUCACGUGACGAAUAAGUAGUUAGUGUGUAGUUGAGAGUAAGUGAGCAAAUAAAAGCACUGUUUUUUUUUUGUUUUUUGUUUUGUGUUACAGUUGAAUUGUAAACAAGCAAGUUGGAAAAAAAAAUAUUAGUGAAAAUGCAUGUGAGAAAUGUCAAACAAACAAUUGACAGUCAAAGUGGAAAAAUGAUGAUUAACAACGUCGUCAGUCGUCCUCGGCAUCGUCCUCGCUUUGCUGUUUUGUAAACACAUUUUUAUUGUUGUGCGUUUUUGUUUUUGAUUUUUUUUUUUUCUGUUUCUCUGUAAGUGAAUAUUGAAACUUUAAUAAAUGAGUUUUAUAUUACUCAACAAUUAAGGAUACUUAAAAAAGGAUAAACACAAAGCGAAUGGAAAUUUUUGUACACAAAAUAUUCCAUUGAACCGUAGAGAAACUUCUCCGAAAACAACCACACAGACACAAAAGAAGCAGCACACAAAAUACUCUCUCAGAUAAAUAACCGCAAGAAAUACAACACAACAAAAAUUAAGAUAACUAAUCGCACCAUCUCAAUUACAACAACAAUAACAGAAUAACAGCAAUAUAGCAACGGCAAAAAGCGAAUUAAAAUAAAAUAAAAAAAAAAAAAAAGAACAACUUACAGCAGAGCAUCACCAUCAAGCAAAAGCAAGGACUUCUUCUUCGGCGAUCUCCGCAAAUUAUUCAACUUGACGACGAAGAAUGUAGAAAAAAUGUAAAAGUUACGUGAAAUUCCAAUUUGCAGUUAAAUUUGAGUGUAGUUAUGGUGAAGGAUAUAACCAGGAUAUUUCUUGAGAGUUUUCUCAUUUUUGUGAUAUCUUUAAACGAUAUGACAAAUGGUGGUGUCCAAGGUCCAAUUGAUGGCUACAAUUCAUUAGCUGAACUAACAACACCUCAACCAGUCAGCUAUACAAAUCCAAAAUGGGUCGAACCAUAUUUUGAUGCAGCAACAUUAAAAAACGUUACCGCUUUGGUUGGAAAAUCUGCAUAUUUAAGCUGUCGAGUUCGGAAUCUCGGCAACAAAACAGUAUCCUGGAUACGACAUAGGGAUAUACACAUCCUUACAGUUGGAGCAUACACAUACACAUCAGACCAGCGAUUUCAAGCCACUUAUCACAAGGAGACAGAAGACUGGACAUUACAAAUUAAAUGGGCCCAAAAACGUGACGGCGGAAUGUACGAGUGCCAAAUUUCCACCCAACCUGUGCGGAGCUAUUUUGUUCGCCUAAAUGUUGUCGUGCCAACAGCCACAAUACUUGGAGGACCCGACCUUCAUGUAGACAAAGGCAGUACAAUAAAUUUAACGUGUACAGUUAAAUAUAGCCCGGAACCACCUGCGUACAUUUUCUGGUACCACCACGAAGAGGACUCGAGGCAAAAAAUGGUUGACUUUGUUCAGAAAACUGCUGAAAAUAAAGGACAUGACCAAAAAAGAGGGGAUACAGUAGGCGUAAAGGUAAUUAAUUAUGAUUCAUCGAGAGGUGGCGUUUCGGUAAUUACCGAAAAGGGCGAUGUCACAACAUCCUUUCUACUGAUACAAAAUGCAGAUCUGCCUGACUCUGGGAAGUACUCUUGUGCGCCAUCGAAUGCAGAUGUCGCAAGUGUUCGGGUGCAUGUACUAAAUGUCCGGGCCAUUAUUUCAGGUGAACAUCCCGAGGCUAUGCAAACAGGCACAUCAGGCUGUCAAUACAGUUGGCUGCAUAUCUGCCUCCUGCUAUGCAUCCUUUUCUAUUGCAACAAACAGAUCCUAAAAUUAAAUUACCUGUCAUCAACAUCGCACUUGAAUCGAUGCAAUCGCAGCCAUAGUAUCAGUAGAAGCAAUAACAGCAAUAGUUCCAGUUGCAAUGGCGGCAGUAGAAAAGUCUACUACAACCAGGAUAGUACCACUUCAGCUAAAAUCGAUGUCAGAUGAUAUAUGGACAAUGAAGAAACACCAUUAUUGACAACAACAACAACAACGAGUGGUAAUAAAUGAUGGUGUUGGUGAAAAUGGUAACAGUCAUCCAAAUCCAAUUUAUACUAUGCAUUAAACAAACACUCUCUUAAAUCAAACAAACACACACAGACACAAACAAACACACCUACACAAAUUAUAGUAGAUAUAAAAAUUAUGUCCUUAAAACAACAACCGACAAAAAAAAAGUAUUUUUCAAGUGUACAGUAAUAAUAUUACUAUUAUAGAAUUAAUCAAUUAAGAGCUAGCAGAAUGUACUUAUGUGUACGUUACGUAUAAUAUAUGUAUGUGUAGAUUUAUUUAUUUGAAAACAAACAAAAAAAAAAAUAUUUUUUAUUGAUAUAAAAUAAAUAUAGAAUUAAAUUUAAUAAAAAUGCAAAUAAAGUUUCCAGUGCAUGUUGUAAGGGAAAGCAGCAAACGAGUUGCUAGCAAAGGGACAGUAGGUAAUUGAAAUUAAUUUAAUAACACCAGGAGAGGAGGCAAUGUAUUUGUAUGUGUGUGUAAAUUCAAUUUUUAUUUUAAGUUUUAAUUUAAUACGAUAAAACUGUUAUUUAAUUUUGUAAAUACAUUAAUUCGAAAGUUAAAAGUGAGGUUUGCAAUAAAUGUGGUUUAGGAGUACACAAAUAAAUAUAUUUGAUUAUAUAUUUGUAAUAAGGACUCUUUUGUGUGGUUCGUAUUCUAUCUGUUCUUUAUUUGGCUUAAGGGUAUUAAUAAGAAAAGUUCGUUAAAUUAAGUUCCAACAAACUGGCACCACACUAUAGCUGUAGGAGUAAUAAUUUAAUUUCAGUUUGUGAUGGCACACAGGUUCAUACAAGGAAUUGUACCUAGUUGUUCUAUUUUAAAGUAAAAAAAAAAUAAGGCAUGUGUGUGCACCCGGUAAAAGUUCUGCUUCCACCCUGCUAGAAGUUAUGAGUCCCCAACAACCUUGCACGAAUGUGUUUUUGAAGGUACUUUUAUGAAUUGGAAAUGAGAGUUCAAAAUACUCGUACUACUAAUACAAGUGUAAUUUUUUAGUCAAUCCGUCCUCCUGGCAGUCACUCUGAUAUCUAAUUAAAAACAUCUAGAUUACAAAAAUUUCGCCUGGAGUAAGGAUCAUAGAUUUCAAUCAAAUCGAGGGUAAAAAGAGAAGAAGAAAUCAUUGGGCUGGAAAUCAAUAUUGAAGUAAAAAAGCUUCGAAAGGGCAACAAUCACAUCGCAAGCCAAGCAAAGCAUUGAAACUCGCCCAC